AUGGAUUCGAAACUCUCAUCAUCGUCCACAACCUCAACAACACAAAACAAAUCGGAUAACAUCCCAAUGACUGCUACAUCUUCAUCAUCACCAUCGACCAAUGCUUCCGAAUCACAACAACCAAUCAAGAUUGCAAAAAAAGAUGAUUUUAGAGAUGAUGAUGAUCAUUCAGUUUCUAUGAGUCCUAAAGUAGUUGCUACGGGAGCACUCUCGGUCAAGAUACCCUCCAACAGCAAUCUUGUGGGUGCUGCUGUUGUUGCAGGAGGAAAUCAGUCUCCUGUGAGAGUAUCUUAUCAACAACAACAACAAUCAAAUUCAUCUUCCAUGUACAAGAAAACAAUUCCUUCUCCACCUUCUUCAUCAUUGAAUACCAACAAUACUUCUCCAUCAGCACUGACAACAGCAUUAAAUUCUUCCAUGUAUCAAGAGGGACGAGAAGAUGGAAACAACAUCAAUUCUUCGGAUUCUUCUCAAUUCUCUGACCCUACUUCUUUGAAUAACAACAAUAAAAGUGAGGAGAAUGGUACCAAUGACUCUGAUAACACGGGUGGAAACAUUGCUGAGGACCAUUUCAUAUUCCUUCCGAACCACAAUGAGCCUUUCCAUCAUUUUGCUCUCGAUAUCGGAGGCUCUCUUGUCAAGAUGGUUUAUAUGGUACCUUUUGAUAGUGAGAAUGAAAUUAUUUACCAAACCAAAGACUUGGAGAGCAAUGAGCUCGAGGCUUAUUAUCAUCAUGCCAGUAGUGAUGAUGAAGAAGAUGGAAAAUUGUCUAUCAAAUCACUUCCUCCUCAGUCUCCUCUCAUCAUCAAUGAUGUCAAAGAUCACUUUGCUUGUAAUAACGAGACAAAGAGAGGCUCUAAACUUUGUUUUGCUAGAUUCCAAACAGCUGACAUUGAGGAUUGUUUAAGUCUGAUUGAAAAAUUGUUAAAAUUAGACGACUCGAUGCCGCAACAUCAGAUAAAACAUAUCAAUGCAACUGGUGGAGGUGCAUUCAAAUUUGCCUCUCUUCUCAAAAACAGAUUUGGACUUGAGGUAAACAAACUUGACGAAAUGGAAUCUUUAAUUAAGGGACUCAAUUUCUUGUUAAUGAAUCUUCCAAAUGAGUCAUUCAAAUUCACAAGAGAGAAAAAGAGAGAAUAUAUUUCAUUUCAAGAGGGAUCUAAUAACGAUGUAUUUCCUUAUUUACUUGUAAAUAUCGGAAGUGGUGUUAGUAUUUUGAGAGUCGAUGGCUUGGGAAUGUUUGAAAGAGUUUCAGGUAGCAGUAUUGGUGGAGGAACAUUUUGGGGUUUAUGUAAAUUAUUGACUGGAUGUUCAUCAUUCGAAGAAAUUUUGAAACUCACCAAACAAGGUGACAACAAACCUGUAGAUAUGCUUGUUGGUGACAUCUAUGGAAGAGACUAUGAAAAGAUAGGAUUACCAUCAGACAUUAUCGCAAGCAGUUUUGGUAAAUUGAUAAUGCAAAAAACAGGCAGCGAAGAAACUGUGAAACCUAAAGCUGCAGAUCUUGCUAAAUCAUUAUUAUUUAUGAUUUGCAAUAAUAUUGGACAAAUUGCAUAUCUCAAUGCUCUCAGAUUUGGACUUAAAAGAAUAUUCUUUGCAGGAUAUUUUAUUAGAGGUCAUGAUAUUACUAUGCAUUAUAUUUCAUAUGCUAUUCAAUUUUGGUCUAAAGGAACAAUAUCAGCCAUGUUUUUGCGUCACGAAGGCUAUUUAGGAGCCAUUGGAUCUUUCCUUUCCUCUAAAAGUAAGGAUGUAGAUAAUGACAACAACACACCUACCACGGAAUAA